CUGCCCCUUUCCGUUUUUUCGGCAUGUAAAAACUCAAUCACACUUUCAGGGAUUUCAGUCACUGGGUAUGAAAUGUUCAGCUCGUUCAGAACAUUACUGCUCGUGCUUUUUGUAUUUAUAAACCUUAUAGUUUUCUGUUAGUGUGCAGUUCAACUUGUUUGUUUAUUUUCUACGAGGUUGAAAAUUUUGGCUAAAAUUAGUCACAUUGGUAGGAAUAUGGAGGAUCAUAUGGCAUGAGGAGGAUAAGAGAUCAAUAUAUUUCUAAGUUUUCCCUCUUCUUCUUCUUCUCAACAACAAUAAAUAUAAUUUUUGCAUAUAACAGAGUUGAAAGGCUGACCUUUAGAAAUAAUGAAAUAUUGGCAAGAAAGUAUAAGCAAACACUUACCUUUGUUACUGAGUGAAUAGGAAUACAUAUUUAUUGAUGUCAGUUCCUCAGAAGUUGGACUAAACCAUUAUUAAUAAAAAAAGGGGGAGGGUUGAUCAAAACUAAAAGUCAUGGUAAAAUUGUGCCCCUUUUAAAAUAAUUUGUGUAUUUUUCUCAUAUUUUCAUUUAGGUGAAAGUAGAGAAAUAAUUGACAACAUUAGUAUAAACAGGUUUGUUAAUAUUUGCUUUAUAUUUAAUGAAAAGUAGUUUUAGUGAGUGACGGCAUGCUCAUCUGGCAGAACGCGACACUUCAGCUUCCAAAUAUAAUAAUCAAAAUAUGUGACUUAUAGGAUAUUACAGGCACUAAUCUUUCUCUUGUUUUAAAAUGCAUUUUGUGGGUUAAAAAUGAGGUAAAGCUGUGGGACACACUACAAUCACCCAAUUAAAGAAUAUGUCUUUGUUUUUUUUUGGUUUGGAAUUGAGGACAGGGGCCCCAAAUAUGAGACCAUGGUUGUUUUUAGGACAACAAGACACACAAAUGGACCACAAGACAUGAAAAAUGAAAAGAAAGAUUCAACCAGGUGUUACAUCUGCUGCAAACAGGGUGGAAACAGUAAAAAGGUCAUGACAAGACUGAGUAAAAGAGAAUGUAAACAUGUCUCCAGAUCCACCGUUACAUCUGGUGUUACAAAGCGCGAGGACGCGCACGUUGUAUGGUGGGGCUGUGCGUGCGCGCCUUCCCAGAGUUUAGGAGCAGAUGUGUGGUGAGGGGAUCUCAGUUUGAACACCGGCUCUGUGGCGCGCAGGAGAUCUUCCUGCUGCGCUGCUGCCUCUUCUGAACGCGUCUGUCUGGAUCUACAUUUGCUUUUUGCUUCCGCAGCAUCUCACACGUCUGGGUGCCCUGAAGAUGAAGGUCACAGAAGUCUCCACGUGCAGCUUCAGCGCGCGGACCUGAGCUCGGACGGACGGGCUGGGAGCGCACAGCCGCCGGGAGGAGGCGCACAGCCGCAGCCGGGAUGGAGCGCCUGCUGAACUGCCUGCUGCUGGGGUAUCUGACCUGGAACCUGCGGAUCUCUGACGCGCAGGGGGAGUACUGCCACGGCUGGCUGGACACCAGCGGGAAUUAUCACGAGGGCUUCCAGUGUCCCGAGGACUUUGACACGGCGGACGCCACCGUGUGCUGCGGCACCUGCGCGCUGCGCUACUGCUGCGCGGCCGCGGACGCGCGCCUGGAUCAGGGCAGCUGCACCAACGACAGGGAGGUGGACGACACCGAGUUUGCAGCGCAACCCGUCUAUGUUCCCUUCCUGAUGGUGGGCAGCAUCUUCGUGGCCUUCGUGGUGGUGGGCUCGCUGGUGGCCGUGUACUGCUGCACCUGCCUGCGGCCCAAGCAGCCCACCCCCCAGCCCAUCCGCUUCUCGCUGCGCAGCUGCCAGGGCGAGACCAUCCCCAUGAUCCUCACCGCCGCGCCGCAGAGCCUGCGGGCGCCCUCGCGGCAGUCCAGCACGGCCACCACCAGCUCCAGUUCUGCCGGGGGGAGCAGCUCCAUGAGGAGGUUUUCCCUGGGGGGCCAGGGUCCGCAGCAGCAGCACGGCUGCCUGGUGACGGCCGCCGUCUCCUCCCCGGCCUCCACUCCCUCUCCACAAACUCUGCCCCCUCCGCCCCCUCCGCCGUACACGUCCCCGCCCGCACAGCACCCACUGCCCCCCCCUCACAGCAGUCAGAGCGCCGGCUUCCUCCUGCCUCAGCAGUACUUCUUCCCCCUGCAGCCGGACGCUUUCACGGCCUCCAAGGGCUUCGCAGACUUUGGACAGAGCUGACAGGAGACCCACAGAGGAAACGGACUCGGCCCGGCUGAGCCCAGGAUGGGGGGGAAAUGACGGCAAAACUCACUCCGAUUUUAUGCACUUUUAUCGUGAAAAAAUUAUUUUUUUGGUCAUUUUUUUGAAGAUGGAAGCUCAAGUUUCUUAACUCCGUUGCGGAUGUUUUGUGUUUUCUACUAAGACAAGGGAAACCAGGAAGUUGUGUUUUCUCGACAAUCAGGCUGAAGCUACACACACCGGGCAUGGUCAAGGAACGCACUGAAGCGGGUUUAGGAUUCAGAGUUCACACUGGACUGUCACUGUAAUGUUGAAACGGUGUAAAUCUGGUGAAUAGGGCUCUCUUACAGCUCUAUUCUAUUGUGUCAUGUGAUUCAGACAAUUAUUAAUUUCUCCUCAGUGAUCAAUUCUCAACCGCUUGGCACUUCCAUAAAUUAAAAAGGAUUCCAUCCAUGUAGUGCUGCCACAAAUGAUUAUUUUAAUAAUCGAUUAAUCCCAGAUUAUUUUUUUUCCGAUUAGUCGACUAAUCAGAUCAUGUGCAACUGGAUGUAAAGCACACAUGUUAACCAC